AUGACAUCCACAGUACAUCACUACUCUCCUGCCAACUCGCCGCCAGUUGAAGGUGAGCUGGAUGGCCGCGAGACGGCGCACGAGGUGGAGGUACUGGAACUGCAGGCUCUUCAAGCAGAGCGUGAUGGCGAGGGUGGGCGCAGCGUAAUGCUCAUGGAGCGCGCGCUGCAGAUGCGCUGCCGCCUGGUGAAUCGGCUGCGCGAGAAAUGGACAAAUGCCGCGUCAGAGCCGGGCUCGUCGUCGGACGCUGGCUCCCAUCGCAUGUCUGUUUCCGCAAAGCCGGAUACGGUGGGUGAAGCAGAUCUUCUUCAAGAGUAUCAUGCCCAGUGCGGAGAGCUCUACGAUGUAGCUGAGCGCCUUGUGGUGCGCUGUAACGUGAUUGCUGUCGAACACUUUAAGAGAGGCGCAUUCUCGGAAGCCAGCCCACUGCUCGAGUACGCGAUGCAGAUGACGGAGGAUGGGGCGUACCCGCUAUGCGAGGUUGAGGAGCGACGGCGACACCUGCGCGGAGUCACGCUCAACAACAUCGGCUGCAUGGAGCGCCGCCGCGGCCACUUCUCUGAGGCCCUACAGUACAUGAAAUCGUCGAUGGAGAUGACUGGGGUUGAGUCACCUGUGGCCUACAUGAACACCAGUGCCAUUCUCAUUCAGCUCCGUCUCAGCGAGGAGGCGGUGCGCAUGGCAGAGCGCUCUAUCGAGCUGCUCUACCAAACACCUGAGGACCCGUCGUUGCUGGCAGUGGCGCAUCACAACCUGGCCAUGGCACUUGAGCCUGUAGAUCCGUUACGGUGCUUGGAGGAGUAUGCACUAGCAUACCGUACGGCCUGUUCCACGCUGGGACCGGAAUGUGAGACAACUCGCUCUAUUCAGCGCAGCUGGAGGCGAUAUGAGAUGACGCGCGUCACCCCGGCAAUGGGGCCGUUCUUCUCGCCCGAUGGUCGCGCCGCUGCAUCUGGGUUGCGUGGGCCCAUUGGUACUGUGCCAACCAAGCAUGCAGCCACCGCACCGCGCUGCUUGCCUGCGACGGCGCCGUCGCGCACAAACAACUCUAAGAGCGGCGGUGCGGACUCCCCAAUGGACGUGGUGGAGCUCUUUCCGCACCCCUUUCUACCCAGCGCGUCGACCCCGUCCGUGUCGAAGGCGCCACGGGAUGUGACGCCGAUCUACCGCCCCGCAGUGGUGCCCCGUCGUCCUCUCGUCCCUGAACCGCCGCCAGGUGUAACGACCUCUUCUUCCAGGCGUAGCCGUGCGCCACACUCGCAGCCUCACCCCCAGCGGCAAGAGCAGCGCCAGCAGCAGCGACGUCCGUAUGGGACAGAGAAGACGACGCAUACCUCGCGACUGUCCACCCGUACUGCUGUGGCAGCCCCACGACAGUCAUCUGUCAGCCGAGCAAACGAGCCCGAGGCGGCAGCCGGUAGCGGUCGUGUCGCCGCUGCAAUGGCGCCGUCUCCUCCGCCCUCUCGUCAGCAACAAGCGACUGCGCCGCGACGCUACUCUCCUGUCACACGAGCGCACGAGUCGUCACGGGAGUCACCACCGCGCACAGGCAUCCGUCAGGGCCGCUUGUCAGCGCAAAGGGGCACCGCGGCUGUGCCCACCACGCUCAGCGUGCCACACAAGCUGGAGAAGAGCACAUCCCACCAUGUCCAUGAGCGGUCGACAAAGCAGACGACGCCUACUGCGUUAUCGUCUACCUCUGCGCAACCACCAGGGCGCGGGUCGCAUUACCCCACAAAGGAGAGCAGCAGCAUCAACCAUACUCAUCCCCUGCGACCACCGCGAGACCUCCCGCCAUUGCAGACCGCCGCCGCUGCAGAGCCGCCUGUGGUAGCACCAAAGCCGUCGUACUCCCGCUCGUCACGUGACGCGAAGGCAAAUCUACUGCUUCCGCUAACCUCGGCGUCGGUUUCUCUCGAGUCGGACCCGCUGACGUUUCUGCAGAAUCGACUCGAUGUUUUACUCCAAGAUGAAGAGGAGCUGGAGCACAAGUAUGCUCAGGCGACAGUGAUUCAGCGGCACUACCGCGGCCGCCUGGCCCGCCGGCGCGUGGCAACGCUCCAAGCCACACGCGUGAGUGAUGCACGGCUCGCCCAGCUGCGACGCCACAUGCUGGCGCGUCGAAUUCAGCGAGCGUUUCGGCGCAGGCGCCGUCAUAGCUGCUACCCUCUUGCAUCUGGUCAGCUGGGCCGCUACGCAGCAGUCGGAGGCCGACAUGGUGCUCAGCAUCGCACGGCUACACAGCUGCAGCGAAUAGCGCGCGGCUGGCUGGCGCGGCGCCAUUACACGCAGCUGCGACAGUACGCACGUGAGAGUUCAGCAGCCGCGAGCCGCAUCCAGUGUUGGAUUCGCGCGUUGCAGGCGCGACGCCGCUACGCAGCCUUGCAUGCUGAAAAAGCGCUGCAGGAGGCAGAGGCGCUGGAGCACGAGCGUCGGCAGUACGCGGCGACUCGUAUUGCAGGCCAGUGGCUCACCUACGUACAACGCAAAGCGUGCAAGGUAGCCCUUCGCAACCGCAUGAUGGCCCGCGCCGCUGAGAAUGCUCAACGCCGCACGAGAGCGACUAUCUGCAUCCAGUCGGCAUGGCGAGGGUACCAGGCACGUCGGCUCUACCGCGGCGCCUACUUGCGCACUUCCCAACUGCGUACCGCGCGGCUGGAGUACGAGCAGCGUCGUCAGGCUGCUGUGCGGCUGCAGUCAUUUGGUCGGAUGCUCAUAGCUAGACAGAACGCAACGCCGCUGCUCACAACCGCGCGAUUGCGAGCGGCUGCUGAGAUUCGGACCCGCAGCCGUGAAGGGCUCGCCGCCAUCACGAUUCAAUGUGCCUAUCGCAGCCACGUGGCUCGUCGGGUGUGUGGCGGUAGGCGCCUAAUGCGAAAAGAGCUGACUACCCAGGCCCUGCUGCAGGCACACACGGCAAUUGUGCAGCGUACGGGAAGAGGCUACAUGGUGCGGAAAGACGUGGGUACGAAGCUGUCGGCACUACAGGCUGAGGCAGACCGGUACGAACGUCGUCUGCGGGCCCUGAGGCAGCAAGAUCUGGAGGCUGCACGGCGCUUACAGCAGGCCUUUGAGCUCAACGUCUCUGGUCUCCGCGAAGGUGAGGACAAGAAGCGGUGCGCUCUUGUGCUGACGGAGCAGCAACAGCGGCAUCAUCUACUCACACAGUGCAAUGCAUCGUUAGCGGCGACGAGUGAGACUGAAGCACAGCAAGAGGGAAUGAUAAGGGCUUCGUUGGCAACUUUCCAUAACUUUUCCCGCAUCAUCAAGGCGAAGAAGCGGCGUGCACUGCGCCAGGAGUUCCGAGACGCUUACCUAGAGCGGUGCGCGGCAGAGGAUGCGGAGUCGCACAGGGAGGCGAGUGCGCGCGUGGUAACCGCCUUCAUGCGUGGUGCCGCCGCGCGCAGCGCUCUGCUGAGCCGAGCCGAGACGAUGAGCUCGUACAACGAUGCACGUGCGAUGCAGGAGAAGGAUGAGAAACAUGUGGCUAUGACGACGGAUGAUGACAACGGCGAGGAUACGUAUGCAGCCUCUGCUGAGGUACCUGGGCAGCUUGCCGCGGAGCGCGCCGAGCUGGACCGGCUGCGACGCGCGGAGCGGCUGGCCUCUGAGGCCCCCACAUCGGCCCCGAGACGCCCACUGACGGCGGAGCAGCUUGCCGCGGAGCGUGCCGAGCUGGACCGGCUGCGACGCGCGGAGCGGCUGGCCUCUGAGGCCCCCACAUCGGCCCCGAGACGCCCACUGACGGCGGAGCAGCUUGUCACGGAGCGUGCCGAGCUGGACCGGCUGCGACGCGCGGAGCGGCUGGCCUCUGAGGCCCCCACAUCGGCCCCGAGACGCCCACUGACGGCGGAGCAGCUUGCCGCGGAGCGUGCCGAGCUGGACCGGCUGCGACGCGCGGAGCGGCUGGCCUCUGAGGCCCCCACAUCGGCCCCGAGACGCCCACUGACGGCGGAGCAGCUUGCCGCGGAGCGUGCCGAGCUGGACCGGCUGCGACGCGCGGAGCGGCUGGCCUCUGAGGCCCCCACAUCGGCCCCGAGACGCCCACUGACGGCGGAGCAGCUUGCCGCGGAGCGUGCCGAGCUGGACCGGCUGCGACGCGCGGAGCGGCUGGCCUCUGAGGCCCCCACAUCGGCCCCGAGACGCCCACUGACGGCGGAGCAGCUUGCCGCGGAGCGUGCCGAGCUGGACCGGCUACGACGCGCGGAGCGGCUGGCCUCUGAAGAAAUGAUGAGGAAUGUGCGCGUAGAUGAAAUAUCUGCAGUUGGUGACACACCUUUCCUCUCUUCAGAGAAACCGAUAUGUAGCAGUGUCUUAGCGCGUGAGAUGAUGGCUUGUCAGAAGGCUGUCUGGCAGGCCGAGGUGGCAGCCGAGAAGCAGCGCCGUCAACAGCGCGAUGCGCUGCAUCGUGCCAUAUUCGAAGACAGGCAGCAGCGCAUCGCAUCCGCGACGGAUGGGAAGGAGCUUGCCCCCUAUCGUAUUAGCCGGAUACGCCGGCAGAUCCGCUCUUUUGGUGAGUCGAACAAGAUGGCCCUAUCUUUACCUGCAGAGUCGUCCGAAGCUAAGGCAAACAACUGCCAUGCGCGGCGUAUUGCGCAGCAGCUUGUUGCUGUACAAUGCAUCGAGAGCCACUUCCUUGGCAGGGGUGCUCGUAAGCACCUAACAGCGUUGCUGCGCAUACGGGAUGACUAUCUCAGCGCUAUGCAAACCUUUGACCGUGAUGACGGGCCGGUUCUCACCACCGUGUGCCUACGUGAAGCUUUGGCGCGUCACCCAGACUUGCGAACGAGGGUUCUGCAGUUCGCCACUUAUAGUUCUCCUUCUGUUUGUCGCAGCAUUGAAAGUGUUCCGUCCUCAGCUUCGCCGAGCGCAUCGUUGACCUCAAGAAAAACAUUGAAAGGAUAUCUGCGCAUCAUCAAGGCGAAGAAGCGGCGUGCACUGCGCCAGGAGUCCCGAGACGCUUACCUAGAGCGGUGCGCGGCAGAGGAUGCGGAGUCGCACAGGGAGGCGAGUGCGCGCGUGGUAACCGCCUUCAUGCGUGGUGCCGCCGCGCGCAGCGCUCUGCUGAGCCGAGCCGAGACGAUGAGCUCGUACAACGAUGCACGUGCGAUGCAGGAGAAGGAUGAGAAACAUGUGGCUAUGACGACGGAUGAUGACAACGGCGAGGAUACGUAUGCAGCCUCUGCUGAGGUACCUGGGCAGCUUGUCACGGAGCGUGCCGAGCUGGACCGGCUGCGACGCGCGGAGCGGCUGGCCUCUGAGGCCCCCACAUCGGCCCCGAGACGCCCACUGACGGCGGAGCAGCUUGCCGCGGAGCGUGCCGAGCUGGACCGGCUGCGACGCGCGGAGCGGCUGGCCUCUGAGGCCCCCACAUCGGCCCCGAGACGCCCACUGACGGCGGAGCAGCUUGCCGCGGAGCGUGCCGAGCUGGACCGGCUACGACGCGCGGAGCGGCUGGCCUCUGAGGCCCCCACAUCGGCCCCGAGACGCCCACUGACGGCGGAGCAGCUUGCCGCGGAGCGUGCCGAGCUGGACCGGCUGCGACGCGCGGAGCGGCUGGCCUCUGAGGCCCCCACAUCGGCCCCGAGACGCCCACUGACGGCGGAGCAGCUUGCCGCGGAGCGUGCCGAGCUGGACCGGCUACGACGCGCGGAGCGGCUGGCCUCUGAGGCCCCCACAUCGGCCCCGAGACGCCCACUGACGGCGGAGCAGCUUGUCACGGAGCGUGCCGAGCUGGAUAGUGGCGUUAGCGUAGCGAAGAGAGGAGUUGGUGCAGAGAUCGCUAUAGUGCCAGAUUCGUUGAUGCUUGAGCAGCGGGUUGCAGAAGAUAUGGUGGCCGGCUACGUUAGGCGCCCAGAGAAAGUGGUUAGGGAUGACGAAGUGCGACAGCCCCCGCGCCGAUCGACUGAGCAGCAGGUUGUGGUGGAAUGCUUGGCGUUGGGUCAGCUGGGACACCUCGAGCAAGUAGGAAUGGAGGGUAGGAAGCUAGGCGGCCUUAGCCUCGUGGAAUACACCUUGAGUGCCGCUGCUCUUCGUGAUGAGAUGGUACAGGGUUUCCAGCGCAACAGCGAUAUGGAGUGUACCUGGACGUCUUCAUCGUCGGCAUCAUCUGGGCCAUCGCACCGGGAGGACCUGACUUACGGAGAGGCAUGUGAUCGCUUAUCGGUGUUUGCCGAGGUAGUGCGAGACAAGAAAAACCUGCGCCAACGACAAGCUGCUCGCGACACUUAUUUGCAAGACGUGGUCAACAAAAGCACCUCUGAUGUUGACGAGGAGAAGCAGCAGGAGGAGCGCGCAUCAACACCUUUUGCGGGCGGAAGUGCGUGGCAGCUGUGCAGUGAGGAGGGUAGCUGCGACGAUUCUGACACAGUGGAUCAGGAGGCAAUGCUCCAGCUGUACCGUCGAGAGCGCCGAUCUUUCGCUUCCUCGUUGGUAGAUAGCUUUCUCCACAUCAUCAAGGCGAAGAAGCGGCGUGCACUGCGCCAGGAGUUCCGAGACGCUUACCUAGAGCGGUGCGCGGCAGAGGAUGCGGAGUCGCACAGGGAGGCGAGUGCGCGCGUGGUAACCGCCUUCAUGCGUGGUGCCGCCGCGCGCAGCGCUCUGCUGAGCCGAGCCGAGACGAUGAGCUCGUACAACGAUGCACGUGCGAUGCAGGAGAAGGAUGAGAAACAUGUGGCUAUGACGACGGAUGAUGACAACGGCGAGGAUACGUAUGCAGCCUCUGCUGAGGUACCUGGGCAGUUUUCGCUAAUUUCCUCUGCGGCUAGCAGAAUUCAGCGCUUCGUUAGAGCCGUGCAGGCAGGGCGUAUGCUGCGGGCGCAGCAGGAGUCCUGCCGUGCUUACCUCGAGGAGGAACGUGCAGUGGAGGAGAUACUCCACUCAGCUGCGCUUACUAUUCAGCGCUUGUACCGCAGACAUCGGGCGCGGCGGCUGGCGGCCAUGGCUAUUGUGGAGCGCGAUCUCUGCUUGCUGUCACCCCAGGAGUCGUGCGAGGCUAAGGCGGCGUGUGAAGUGCACGGGUGCGAUAUGGCGACGUCAGCAGCAUUGUCUUUUCGUGCUCACUCGCUGAGGGGUGUGAUAAGCGGCUGCGCCGAGGCAGCGGCGACUUCUGCCUUCCCUCUACACCGUACUUCCUCGUCUUCCUGUUCGGAGCUGUGCGAGCUCGAUAGCACCGCCAUUGUGACAGUGGUGAGUGAAGCGAAAGAGGCAGCGCUGGAUCAACUCGUACAUCGUUCCUGA